AUGGGAUGGGCUGACAGCCUCCUUAAGUUCGCCCGCGAUGAGCGAGUGGUUCUGUUGACGCUGAGUCUCGCUACUUUUGGCGUUGUGAGCACCGUCUUAACUGCACUCACAAUCAUUCGCGACGACAAUGAGAUUCCCCCACUACAGCCAAAGACACAAUACAUCACCCAGGAUACCGAAGAUUCUUUACAGCUCGAAACUCUUGAGAAGCUACUGGACCACCCGAACUACUCUAUUAGAGAGGUCGCAGUAAAAAUCCUCUGUGAUCGAGCUGUCAACGAUCCUGAGACAACUCACUCACUUCUUUUCGGCAUCACUCGACCGGACUAUGAUGAGAGGAUGCGAUGUCUAAGAGCGAUGGCCCUGCUCACUGGGCAGACUAUUGGCUUGGACGGCCUUUCUAAACUGAACAAUCCUAAAGCCUACUCUGCCUUGGUCAGGUCUUUGGAGUUGAGUUUAGACGACGUCGAGCGACCGAGUCUUACCGACAGUCAUUGGGAUGAGUACUACCUCCGUGAUAUGGCCGAGAGGUUUUGCCUCAUGUUCAUCCUGGAACUCGUCAAUAAGUACGGUGCUAGUAUGCUGAUCAAGGCACGCUUUGUUGAAAAAUGGCUGGCAAAGCAGGACUGGGGCGCUACCCCCGAAGAGAGACGCCGCAGUUUCAAAGACUACAUGGCUCUCAAGGUCAAUAGAAUUGUCGAGAUUGUCGAUCGAAUCAAGGAGACAAGACGAGGUCUCCGGGCAUUGGAGAAGGCAGGACUUUUGGACAAGGAAAACUCUAGAAGAAGGAUCCGAGAGUUGCCCGACCUCAUUAUGGAAAUCGAAGAGGAAGCAGGAAACAUGCCGCUUGUAGAACAACAGCCAACGCGCACAAGGGAACAUUCUGCCGAAGAGCAACGGCUGCGGCGACAGCAUCGAGAGGCAAUGGUCCUCAACGAUGGAACUCGACCAUUGGCGCGCGAGGAUAUUAUUGAGAGAGAACAUACGUCACCAGCAUAG